UUGCAAUCAUUAUGAUUAGAGUGGAUUUCUAUUAUUGUGUGCCGCUUUCAUAGUUGAUAUGAUGUUUGCAAUGUAGUUGAAUAGUGUUUUGUUGUGUUUGAGAUUAAAACUACUUAUUUAUCGCAAUAUUUGGAAAAUACGAUUGUUAGUAAAAUGGCAGAAGCAGUUGCCGAAGAGUAUCGAUCAUCGUUAUCUGAUCUGAACUGUAACAGCAAGCCUCAUAUAAAUAUGCUAACAAUGUUAGCUGAAGAUAACAUCAAGCAUGCUCAAAUAAUCGUCGAAACAAUCGUGAAUCAUAUAAAAUCGGUUUCUCCAGAAUUAAAGUUGCCAGCCAUGUAUUUAGUGGAUUCCAUCAUUAAAAAUAUUGGUGGACUUUACAUUCCUCUUUUUUGCAAUCAUUUGAUUGUACUUUUCUCUUCUGUUUUUGAAAAGGUUGAAGAAAGCACUAGGAGUCUUCUUUAUAAAUUACGUCAAACGUGGAAUGAUAUCUUGCCCAACAAUAUUCUGUAUGGUGUAGAUUGCCGAGUAAAUGCUUUGGAUCCUGCAUGGCCAAUUACAGCUACAGCUCCUGCAAAAAAUAGUAUUCAUUUGAAUCCAAAGUUUUUAGGUUCUUCUGUUGUUCAGAUUGAAAAACACCACCAAAAGACUUCGCGUGCUACAGGUUCUGCUGAUGAUGCUGCAAAACAUGAAGAGAAAAAUGUUUUGCUGGAGGCAGAGGCUGAAAUGAAGAAAAAAUUGAAUUUUCUUCAAGAAACAAAAAAGGAACUUAGUAAAACUCUGGCAAUGAAAAAACUUGAAGUAGCUACGAAACAAAAGAAAACAGCUGUUGUGCUUCCUCAAGAAACUGAAAAUGUUAUCAGUCAUCGAGAUCCACGACUAAAGAAAACUGUUGUGGCACCUCAAGAAGUGACUACGAUAGCAACAAAUAAACUGAACUCAACUUCAUCUACUCUUCAGUCUGUUGUAGUUGUGCCAAAUACUAAAAUUCCUACUCAUAAUUUAACAAAUAUUGACAAUUCCUUAAGUGGUUCUGAGAAUCUUAUCCCUAAAGUUAAGCCUGUACAAAAUGUAAUAAACUCAGGGAAUAGUAAAGGAUCACAUUUAUCAUUAACUGAUAAAAAUGACCCGACUUCUAUUACUGGAGAUUCUGAGAAAGUUCAAGAUAUAGCCAUUAAUAAACAUUUAAGAAGUGAAACAAAUAAAGAUAUUAUUAAUCGGGAAAGUGAAAUAUUAAACAAAGAUCAUCCAUCAAAAAGGUUCAAAAGUAGUAAGUAUAAUAAUGAUAUAAAUAGAAAAAGGCAUUUAAGUCCUGUAAAUGAUUUAACAUCUGGGCGUUCCUCGCCUAAAGUUAUCUGUAAAGAACACUGUUCUGCCACAUUAAGGACAUAUAACAAUAAAAUGCAGAAUUCAUUAGAGAAGGAAAAUAGUACAGAAAUGAAAUCAAACAUAAAACAUUCUGUUGUUGACAAAGGUUUUCAAUCUGUAAAUUCAUUAACAGUUGAUCAUCUGUUAAAAAAUGAAUCUGAUCCAGAAGGAAAAAAGUCAUACUGCUCAGACUCUAGCACGCUUCAGCCUCCUGCUCUUGGUAGCAAAGAUAAAGACUAUAGAUUGCUGAGGAAUGACAGGGACUAUAAAUUAAAUCAGUUGCAUAGCCAGGCUGGACAUCCAUCUAAUUAUAAAAUUGGGAACGAUGGCUUUUCCUUGUCAAAAGGCCCUGAUGUCAAAAACCAACCCUUUGAAUAUAGAGACCACAGAAAGUUAUAUUCAUAUGUUACUUCUGUAAUGGAUAAUCCAUACACUAUCAUGCAUCAGGCAGAAGAAAAAUACCGAAGUGGAAGAAUUUCUAAAUAUGAAUAUGAUGAAUUAUGUCGUGAUAUGCAUCAAAUGAUGGAUAGUGAGGAAUUUCAUCAUAUUAUACCUUUUGGUGUUAAUGACAAACCAUUAACUGUAGAAGCAAGAAAUUCUCCAAAUUUUAUGAAAUCUUAUGAAGAGGAUAGGCAGAAUUUUAAACCUUUAAAUGUGCAUCAUGGAAAAGAUGCAAUGGGUCUCCCUGUGAGGAAAUCACUUCGCAUUGAUAAUAAACUUCGAACAAUUUAUUUUGUGGGCUGUCAGACUCUUACUUUCUCAGAUGAUAAUGAACCUCGAGAAUUGAUGUUCCAGGGCCCACCCAGAAAUGUCUAUGUUGAAGGAUUCCCACAUCCAUUCAUCUUAGGUUUUGAUGGGAAAGCUGUAGAAUUUGAAACUGAAGGAAAAUGGAAUAUCAUGAGGUUUGGAACUCCAUUUCAAGAAAUCUAUAUUAACAAUCAUCCAUAUGAGGCUCAGUUUGGUGGGCCUCAUUUCACUGUUGUAUUGGCUGACAAUAAAGUUCAUAGAAUACGAUUAGAUGGACCUCCUCCUCGAGUUAUUAUGAGUGCUGCUCCUGCUUAUGAUUUGUACAAAACAUAUAAGAGUCUAUUAUUACAGCAUCCAGUACAAGAUCAAAGUACUGAGCAAAGACCUUUUGAAUCAGCUAUUCAAGCACAAGAUGUUGACAUGCGUUUAAAAGGCAAUAAGUUACAGUAUCCCCCAACUUCAGUAGAACCUACUCCUGAAAGCAUGAAAGAUGUUGACUGGCGUCAAAUCACACCACAGGAAUUCCAUCAAAAUUCCUGGAAUAUACCAAAAAGUAGUGCUAUGGAGGAAACUGGUGACAUUAUCCAAAGCAAGUCUUAUUCUGAAUCUGUUGUUGUCCAGGGAACACCUGAAUGGAAAAAUCAAAUUGCCCAGCCUUCAGAAAUUAGUCAUUCUACUGUGAGACUAGGAAUGCCUCUUCCUCCUCCUUUACAAACAGAUAGGCUCUCAGAUGUCAUAAAAGACUCAGAAAUUGAUAGUAAUCUGAUUCAAAAGAAUACUGAACCUCCUUGGAAGCAGCCUGAUUUUCAUGGGACUGAAUCAUCAUCUGUGGCAUCUAGUUUUAACACAGGUCCUCAAGUUACUACAGCAGCAAAACCAUGGCAACCUCUGCCUCCACCACCUAUGUUUCCAGGACCUUUACCAAGGCCUCAACUGAGGCCACCACCACUGCCACCACAUUCUGAGUUGCUAAAACCAUCUGUGCCACCACAUUCUGAAUUGCUAAAACCACCUAUGCCACCACAUUCUGAAUUGCUAAAACCACCUGUGCCACCACAUUCUGAGUUGUUAAAACCAUCAGUGCCAUCAUAUACUGAAUUGUUACAGCCACCACCACUACCACAUCCUGAACUGUUAAAACCUCCUGCACUUACUACGGAAUUAUUACAACCACCACCUCUCCCUCCCAUUCUAUCUGUACCAAUGACAUUAGCUGGUGCUAGUGUUGCAGCUUCUACUACUGCUACAAGUUUACCUGUUCCUCAGAAUAAUUUAAAUGUCCCAUCAAAACCUCAGUUUUCUAACACAUUUGGAUCAGUGAAUGUUGAAUCAUUCUUACAAAAGUUAGUUGCUGCUGGUAUAAUUGGUAACAAAUCUAAGGAAACAUCAACUCCCAUUGCAUGUGAAAAUCCAAAGGAUUCUGAAAAACAGAGUGAAGAUAAAAAUGAUGCUUCACUUGAGACUGAACCUAUUCCUGAAAUUGAAUUUACAACUAAAAGUCUUAGGCAGUUCUAUCCAGGUGUCAUAAGUGCUCUGUAUAAAGGUUCUCAGUGUGCUACUUGUGGGAUGAGGUUUAAAGAAAUACAGAGUGAACAAUAUAGCCGUCAUCUAGAUUGGCAUUUUAGAAUGAAUAGAAGGGAAAAAGAUGGUGCUAAAAAGCCAUUUUCUAGGAGAUUGUUUUAUGAAAUAAAGGACUGGAUCCAGUUUAAAGAAUUUGAAGACCUGGAAGAAAGAGCUCCGAGUUAUUUUGAGCUUCAGGCUGGUGGUGGACAAUCAAAGGCAGAAGAACAUGAGCCAAUUUACAGUGUCCGAGCUGGUGAAUGUGAAACAGAGAAAUGUGCUGUUUGUGGUGAACAAUUUCAGUUGUUUUGGGUCGAAGAAGAAGAAGAAUGGCAUUUAAGGCAUGCUGUAAGACAUAAUGAACAGGCUUAUCAUCCAGCAUGUUAUGAAGAUUUUAAGAAGGCUUCAGAAUGUGUUGAAACUACAAAUGUUGAAGAAGUGCCUUCUCCUAUAGAAGAAGCAGAUGAAGAGUCUGAUAAAACACAACUGCCAUCUGUUUCAGAUGAGCUUGAUGUCACAUUCAUAAAACAAGAAAUUAUAGAUGAUGCUGGGGAAAUAAAAAUUGAUACAGCUAUAGAAAGCUCUGAACAUUCUGAUGAAGUAUCCAUAAAAGUAGAAGAAACAAAUAACAGUCAAAAUGACAAUGCAUCUAGUGAAGUAUCAUUGAACAUAAAAGUAGAAGCUGAUAUUGAGAGUCAUACAGCUAGUACAGACGUUGAGUCAUCUGAGCAGACUAAUGAAAACAUUGAAAUGGCAGUUGUAAAAAUGGACACUGAUGUAACAGAAGUGCAGCUGCCUAAUGCCAAAGAAUUAAAAGUGCAAGUACCUGAUGCCAGUGAAGUAGAUGAACAGUUGCCUAGUACCAGUGAAACAAAGAUGCAGAUAUCUGAUGUCAAUGAAGGACAGUCAUCUGAUGUCAAGCCUAAUGAGGAAGCUAGUACAAGCUUAGACAUUGAGGAAGAACCUGAAUUCCGUCCUCCAACCCCAGAUCCUAGAUUUCAAGUUAUGGAGCCUGUUUCUAGAGGAACAGAACUAUCAGCAUUAUGUUGCAUCAUGUAAUUAAUGUUUGGACUUCUGUACAUACAAAAAAAUUGUGAUAUUGUAUAUAGCAAAGUAUCUGUGAUCAGAACAAUAAAAUGUUCUCUUUUUAUCAGAUUUGAAAA